GCUUUUCGCUACAAGAAAUGUUGCAGAUAACUUUCGAUCUGCUUUGUCACACUUUUCACGUAUCCUCGUCUUCCGUGGUUACAGCCGCGUUACUAAGCAAAACUCCCAACGACACCGGAGAUUGAAACCGCUGCAGAUUGGUGGGAGCCGGGGGAUGGGCGUGGUCCUUUGUUCGGCCCUCACCUUCGUGGCGGGGCGGUAGAAAAAUAGUUGGGAGGGGGGAGGGAGGAAGAGCCGGGUUGGUCGGGGCGGACGUCAGUCAACCGCGAUCGGCGCGCUGAUUGGCCGAGGUCCGCUGAAGGGCUCCUCCGGGCACCGCAGUGUGGCGCGUUGCGCGUGCGAGAGGCUCCCUGUUCUGUCCUACGCUCUCGUGGCCGUGGCGCACUUGUUCAGUUCAUCUCCGCCGGAAGGCAGCGACUAGCCAGCCCAGCGCAGCUACUCGGGGGGGGAGAGAGAGAGAGAAAAAAAAGGAGCACUUUCACUAGAAAGGUGUGUGUGUGGGGGGGAAAAUCUUGGGUACACACCUUAUAAAGAAGGGCUACACAGGGGGCGACUCCGGACACGAAAGAGGAAAUGGAAGACGCGCAGCACAUCUCGUCCACGACGCCCGGCGUCGAUGAACUCCGCAAACUUCAGGGGGACCCCGACAAGAUGGACGAGAGCAAGUUGUACGACGAAGCCGCCGGCUAUCUGUUGCAGGAGAGCGGCGGCGGCUCGCCCAGGCCGCUGGCCGACGACGAUAUCCUCGACCUGGCCGGCGGCGCCCGGGAUGCUCUCCUCCGGCACCGCUCCGCCACCCCGCCGGGGACCGGGGACCCGGACAGGGACCUCUACUCGGAGUUUGCCCCCGCGGCCGAGCCCGGCGAUCUGCUGACGGGGAUGGGCGGCUUCGGGGCGCCCUCGGUGAAGCAGGCGGCCGAUAGCCCCCCGAAACCGGAGCCGCCCAGAGCCGCCCCGCGGAGCCCGGCCAGCGACCCCUCUCCCGCCUCCUCCUCCUCCUCCUCUUCGGCGGCCUCCUCCCCAGAUGAACCCAUUUUUUCUUCUUCUGCUCCAUCUCAGCCUCUGGUGCAGUCCUCUGCAGAGAGGUCUGUGGAUAUGCAAGAGCAACCAUGUAGCACUCGGCCAGUGGAUCAGAAGGAGGGCACUUCUGUGCUUGGGACUGUUGCUCCUGUUUCCUCUACAUCUCCUCUUCCUUCUCCUGACUCUUUGGAAGAACUGUCUCUUUCUGAAAGCCCCAACAAAGCCCUUUCUUUGGCUGCACCCUUUGCAUCCUGUCCAGUGCAGGUUGCAGACGCUUUUGCUCAAAUCGUUGUCCAGGAUGUGCCUUUGAAUGAAGAGGUGAAGAAUUUUGAAUGUAAAACUCAGACUGAUAACAUGACACUAAGGCUUGAUGCCCAUCAAGCAGACAACCAAGUAAGACUAGAUGACGUUAGCAUGAAGAUUGUCCCCGAUCUAGAUGCAUCACAGAUUGUUGCUCCGUCCUUGUUUCCACUACAAGAGACCCUUAAUCUGAGCCAAGACACUGUGUUGGAUCACAAGGAGGAGGCCUCUUGCACCCUUGAAACGCUUCUUGCAGAUAGUGCGUCUUUAAAGACUGUUGUUAUGGAACCAGAGAAGCCAGUAUUCUGCAAAGACAGUGAGGUUAUGUUCUCCUCUGAUAUAAAGUUGGGGGAUUCAAAAGAGACUUAUGAGGAGGAGAAAAUGGAUAGUGACAGAGAGGAGCGUGAUUCAUAUCCACACACUUCUGAGGAAGCAGCUGGAUCUACUCUGCCACAGUUACUCCCAAACACAGAGACCUCACAAGGAGUUGGCACCCAACAUUUUGUUACUUAUGCUACUUUUGACCCAGCAGUGAACUUUGACUCUCCUCCGUCUGAUUCUAAAGAUGACAGCAAAGUGUUGGAUGUACCAUCUGAGGAUGAUUCUGCAUUAAACGCUUCAAGUUUUAAAGUCGGCUUGCCAACAGGUCAAGCAGAAGUUGGCCAUGAGGUUCUUCUUGAACUGAAGACCUCUGCCGCCCUUGACACAUCAGUCCAGAAGGAGUCUUUGCGUGAACUGUCUCCCAUUGACGUUUCUAGUGGUGGUCUUCCACAGUAUAGUGAAACAGUAUCUGAAGAUAAGGCUGCAGAAAUGUCGGAAAGCCCUACACCGGACUUGGUUCAAGAUGCGUAUGAUAAUGAUUUGCAAGAUUUAACUCCGACGAAACAUCAAGAAGAAACCCCUGUUGAUUUAGUUCAGAUGAUCUCUGAUUCAGCCUAUGAGCCGUUGGAUCCUUCGAUGCACCUUCCCCCAUCUACCAAAGAGUCUGAGGGAUCUGCUGCACCGCCUUCACUGCCAGACAUCCUGAAGUCUUCUCCCCUGGGCUCUAGCAAACCCGAAAUUGUGUCGUCGGAAGGGACUCCAGAUUCCGAAACCAGCCCUGAUCAGGAACAUCUGCAGGAGCCUCGCGAUGUUUCCCCCUCCAUCGAGGCGGCAAAGCUCACUGCUUUUGAGAUGGACUCAAAAAUCCCUCAUUUCCGCGAGACUGCUGGGCAGGUUGCAUUUGAAGAAGCUGAGAAGAAAGAUCGUGCUUUCGAACAAGUCGCAGAUAAAGGGCUUAGCACCUGUGACCUCGUUAAAGAAGCACAAAGCACCACAGACCACAAAGAUCAGUUCAGGAUGGAGCCUGAUGGAAAAGACUGGAUGAAUUUUACGUGCCCGGAUGCUGCUCAGUCAUUGGGCAGUCAUGAAUCUCAAAACCCUGAACCACCAAUAGAUUUAACCGCCAGUCAUGCGCCCAAAGAGAGUGUUCCUGAAGAAUCCGAUUCUGAGAGCCCCAUGACAGAUUCACUGUCUCCCGUCUUGGAAGCAAUGGCAAAGAAUCCAGCCAUCUUUCAAGUUGAAAUCGAAAGGUAUCAAAAGGACACCGAAACCUCCACAACCCCAGAAACCCAGAGUUAUCCAGAGAGCGGGACCUUUCUGGAAGAGGCAGAUGAAAGCGUGGAGCUGGAAGAAGCGUUUGAGCAGGAGGGCUCCUCUGAAGAGUUUGAAAUGAUCGAGAGGCCCCCUGUUGGUUCAAGAGGCGUUAUAGACGAGUUUCUGGAAACGUUGGAUAACUCCAAAUUUGCAAAGACAUCCGAGGCAGGUACAGAUGAUGAACCAUCUCCAGGGUUUGGAAAGGAUGAGUUAGUCCCAGAUAUAGAUACAGAAUUUCACGUCCGCUCACAACUAAACUCCUACACAAUUCUGUCUGAGCCUACACCCGGGCCUUUACCGCAGAAGGUACUGCUGGACCUGGAAGCCCCAGCGGUCUGCUCAGAAGAGCCCAAGAUGGGCCAAGCCCAAGAAAUAGUUCCAGAAGAUGUCCACUUGCAUGACCCUCGUGUGGACUCCACAGUGGAAGAAACCGAAAAACUUGUUUCUCCUCCUCCUCCUCCACCUCCGACAGCUGAAGACAAGCCCUCGUCCCGUGAAAAGGCUCGCCUUGAAGCCCCAAAGGCUACUCACUUGCCACCCCUGAACACAGAAAAAGUGGUGGACCUCCUGUACUGGCGCGAUAUCAAGAGGACGGGGGUGGUGUUUGGUGCCAGCCUGUUCCUGCUGCUCUCCUUGACAGUGUGCAGCAUCGUCAGCGUGUGCUCCUACCUGGCCCUGGCCUUGCUGUCCGUCACCGUCACCUUCAGGAUAUACAAGGGCGUCUUGCAGGCCGUGCAGAAGUCCGAUGAGGGCCACCCUUUCAAGGCUUACCUGGAGUCGGACGUGGCUUUGUCCGAGGAGCUGGUUCACAAAUACAGCGAUGUGGCCCUGUCUCACCUCAACUGCGGUUUGAAGGAGCUGCGCCGCCUGUUCCUGGUGGAAGACCUGGUGGACUCUCUGAAGUUUGCAGUGUUGAUGUGGAUCCUUACCUAUGUUGGUGCCUUGUUUAAUGGUCUGACUCUCCUAAUUCUGGCUCUGAUUUCAGUGUUCAGCAUCCCAGUUAUUUAUGAAAGACACCAGGCACAGAUUGACCAUUAUCUAGGACUGGUAAACAACCAAGUCAAAGACAUUAUUGCUAAGAUCCAGGCGAAAGUGCCGGGGCUGAAGCGCAAGGCGGAGUGAGGCUCUGCAGCUGGGCGGCACCGCUGAGGGGAGGGGGGGGGUGGAUCAGUACCCUUGACAUUGCAGUGUAGUUUCACACAUCUAUUUCCAGUUUAGCAGUCCUCUAGUGUUGUGGAAAACUUAACUCUUGUUAACCUGUUGUUGGUUUUCACCAGCUCUUUAAGUAUUAUAUGCCACUGCAUUGUAUGGAACUAGGUCUAAUUUUUAUUUAUCUUGUUUAAAACACUGGUUUGUAUUUAAGAAAAAGCAAAAACGUAAUUUGGAGAAAAUGAACAAGAUGCUCUGUCGGGGAUAGUCUUAUGUUAAUAGAAAUCAUGGUGCAGGUUCAGUUUGGUUGGGUUAUUUUUUUUCCAUGUUUUACCCACUUUGUAUGGUCUGCAUUCAAGGUUGGUGGUCUUUUUUUUUUUUUAAGGAAAAAAGUGAGUGGUACCAUCGUGGCAAGAAAUGAGUACUGAGAUUUGGUAUGAUGAAAUGUAGUGGUAUUGUGAUUUUACCGUUUUAUUGAUUGGCGAUGUAGUGUUUCACAAAAGCUUAAGCUUUAUUCAGCAGCUCCACAGUGCUUGAUAUUUCAGACUGUGACUGUUCUGAGAACUGUUCCAUAGCACAUAUUGCUUCAGAGUAUUUCUAGAACAUAGUACUUUUUGCAAAAACAUCUUGACAUUUCACCUCAUUGCAGCUGCCUAGUUGUCUGAAAGAACACGUUUACAAAUCAACACUUUAAACCCUGCUAUCUCCGUCUGUGGACCGAAUAUCUAAUGCUGCAAAAUAUGUACCCUGGAAAUUUCAAGCAUUGUUUGUUAUGCAAGUAAUUUGUGAAUGAAACUUCAUACAAUUGUGAUGAAUUCUGCUGAGAACUGUCUGUGGAAUGCAUUGUGAAAUGUAAACAAGUACCAAUAAAGCUUAUAGACAAAGA